UUUGUGUCGUCACCGCGUAGUUAGAACUGCCAGGAAGGAAAAGAUUUCUUCACUUAGUUACCAUGGUCUGUUCGAACGCAGCGGAGCCACUUUUAGUCCAGUUUUAGCGUCUUGUUUUGUCCGGUUUAGCGGUUUUGUUCGGAGCGGGAGCACCGGAGGACGGCAGGCGGAGGAAUAUGGGGAAAAAAGAAGAGGACGGGCCGGACUCCGGCUACGGUGAACCGGCUCAGUUUGACCCAACCUUUAAUGGACCCAUAAAGAAAAGAGGAUGCACGGAUAUAAUCUGCUGUAUUCUGUUCAUGGUCGUCAUCCUCGGCUACAUUGGCGUAGGAAUGUUAGCUUGGCUCUACGGAGAUCCCAGACAUGUCCUCUUUCCAAGGAAUUCAACCGGAUGGUUCUGUGGCAAUGGACCCAACAAAGACAAACCACACUUGUUCUACUUUGAUAUUCUGAAAUGUGCCUCAUCUGCGAACGUUCUGGUGGCGACUCUGAGCGGGUUGCAGUGCCCAACCACACAGAUUUGUGUAAAAGAAUGUCCUUCAACCUUCUGGGCUGUCAGCCCUCUGGAUUAUAUCCCUGGAAAAUUAGCAAAGGAUGUUUUUAACCAAAGUUUAUGCGUUCCAUCAUUAGACCUGCAAAAAACCAAUUUGAGUGUUUCGGAAAUUGUGAACAAAGAACUCUGUCCUUUCUUCAGCAUACCAACAACCUCAGCGUUGGGGAGAUGUUUCCCCGACAUCCAGAAACUGGGCUCAAUCCCCGACUCUUUCUCCAGCACCCCAGGUUUGCCGAGCUCGGUUAACGAGACGGCGAAACUCAUCAAGAACGGCACUGGCUCACGAGACAUAAUCAACAGCUUCAAUGUCAAAAACGUUGGCCUCCGGAUCUUUGAAGAUUUUGCAUCAUCCUGGCCGUGGAUUCUAGUUGGUUUGGUGAUAGCCAUGCUGGUCAGUCUGCUGUUCCUGCUGCUGCUGAGGUUCAUCGCUCCAGUGAUGAUCUGGCUGAUCAUUAUCGGACUCCUGGCAUCUGGCGCUUACGGAAUCUGGCACUGCUACUGGGAAUACGCUAACUACAAACAACAGUCCGCAAGCAUCACUAACGUCGGAUUCACCACAAACUUUCAGACUUAUCUGCAUGUCCAGGAGACCUGGCUGGCCAUUUUGAUAAUCCUCUGUGUGGUGGAAGCCAUCAUCCUCCUCACCCUCAUCUUCCUCAGAACCAGAAUCCUGAUAGCGAUCGCUCUCAUUCAGGAGUCCAGCAGAGCGAUUGGUCACAUGAUGUCUUCCCUGGCGUUCCCUCUGGUCACAUUUGCUCUGCUGCUGGUCUGCGUCUCCUACUGGGGCGCCACCGCAAUAUACUUGGCCACGUCAGGACAGCCCAUCUACAAGGUGGUGCCUUUAAAUCACUCGUACGGCGGCUGUACGAGCAUCACCGGCAACGUGACCUGUGACCCUCAGACUUUCAAUUCAUCAGAUUACCCAGAGUGCCCUACAGCCAGCUGCAUCUUCAUCAACUAUAACGAGGAAGGUCUCUUCCAGAAGAACAUGUUCAACCUGCAGAUUUACAACGCGAUCGCCUUCCUCUGGUGUGUGAACUUCGUCAUCGCCGUGGGGCAGUGCACGCUGGCCGGGGCCUUCGCCUCCUACUACUGGGCCUUCAGCAAGCCGGACGACAUCCCCAUGUUUCCAGUGGGCGCCAGCUUUAUGCGAACACUCAGGUACCAUGUUGGCUCCCUCGCCUUUGGUUCUUUAAUCCUGACGGUGGUUCAAGUCGUGAGGAUUAUACUGGAGUACAUCGACCACAAGACCAGAUCGGCACAAAACCCUUGUGCCCGUUUUGUACUGUGCUGCUUAAAAUGCUGCUUCUGGUGUCUGGAGAAGUUUAUAAAGUUCAUCAACAGGAACGCCUACAUCAUGAUUGCUAUUUAUGGGAAGAACUUCUGCGUCUCAGCGAAAAACGCUUUCAGUCUGCUCAUGAGAAAUAUCAUAAGGGUGGUGGUUCUCGAUAAAGUGACCGACGUUCUGCUGUUCUUUGGAAAACUGCUUGUGGUUGGAGGAGUAGGUGUUUUGUCGUUCUUUUUCUUCUCUGGACGGAUUAAGCUCCCAGGCGACACAUUUCGCUCUGAAACUCUCAACUACUACUGGAUGCCAAUUAUUACUGUGGUGUUUGGUAGCUACCUCAUAGCUCACGGUUUCUUCAGCGUGUACAACAUGUGUGUCGACACGCUCUUCCUCUGCUUCUUGGAGGAUCUGGAGCGUAACGAUGGAUCCCUGCAGAAGCCGUAUUUUAUGUCCACAAACCUCAUGAAGAUCCUCAAUAAAUCCAACAAACAGGCAAAAUGAGGAAGACUUCUCUCCUCUUCUUUUUCUCCUUUUAAUUAGCCUGAUGUGCUUUAUUCCACCUCCUAAAUACGUUUACCAAAGUUAAAAUGCUUUUAGCACCUUUUUAGUUUUUCAUAUUUGUGAAAUCCUAAUAUUUACUGUUUAAUUAUGUAUGUUAUUCCAUCUGAAGAUAGUUUCUAAUUUCCACGUUUCUUUCACUUAAAUGACCUGCUCCAUUGUUUUUACAUCAGUUUGCUCAGAUAAACAGCUUUUAAUGUAACAUUUAAAAUCACAUCAACUCCAUUGUUGUGAUUUUUAUUUAUAGAAAAGAAGGGGAUAGACAAAUGUUAAAUAUUAAAAAAUAUAUUUUAUACAAUGUACUGUAUUUUAUGCAUUCAAUUGUAAUAAGAAUUGUACAAUAAAAUUGUAAAUAAUG